GAGGCUUGAGCUCAGACAUCGUUUUUUGCUUUAGAAGGAAUAGCCUCUACAGGGAUUUAUGAUUGACUCGGUUCAGGUCUUUCUUUGAACCAAGGAUGCAUGUGCGACGACAAAAGGAAUAUGUCUGGAUUUUCAUUGUUGCGUUGCUUUGUCUUUGUGGCAGCUCUGCCUCACAGAUAUCCUACUCCAUAUCUGAGGAGGUAAAGAAAGGCACUGUGAUCGGGAAUAUCGCAAAGGAUAUAAACUUGAAUGUUAAAGACCUAGAAUCCCGGGAUCUACGUAUUGCUUCGAGUUACAGUAAGAACUAUUUUAACGUCAAUUUGCGGACCGGGGACCUCAUCGUAGACGACAGAAUAGACAGAGAGGAGCUAUGUCCGAACACGGCACAGUGCACCCUAAGAGUACAGGCUGUUUUAAGCAAUCCAAUGGCUGCACAUCGUAUUGACGUCAACAUUUUAGACUUAAAUGACAACUCGCCAGAAUUCUUUCAGCAGUCAUUUUCACUGAACAUCUCAGAAUCAAUGUCCCCGGGAGAACGCUAUCUUCUAUUGUUAGCAGAAGAUGCAGACAUGGGCAGCAAUUCAGUGAAGAGCUACAAGCUGAGCCAAAAUGAAUAUUUCUCACUCGAUGUGCAGAGCGGAGGAGAACACGAAGUGUCUGCUGAGUUAGUGCUGCAGAAAGCUUUAGAUCGAGAGAAACAGGCUGUUAUUAAACUAACUCUGACUGCUGUAGAUGGAGAACCUGCUAGAUCGGGAACAUUGCAGAUAAAUGUAAACGUAUUGGAUGUCAAUGAUAAUACGCCAAUGUUCAGUAAAUCGCUGUAUAAAGUCCGUGUGCGUGAAAAUACCGAAAAAGGACAAGUGGUUAUUAAAUUAAAUGCAACGGAUAUGGACGACGGAAUAAACAGUAGGAUCACGUAUUCGUUGAUAAAGCAACGCAAUACAGAUCCUUCUCAGACGUUUAAUAUUAAUUCAGAAACAGGAGAAAUAACUGUAAAAGGAACAUUGGAUUAUGAAGAAACACCUGCUUAUGAGGUUAGAGUUCAAGCGAAGGAUCAAGGCACCACUCCCCGAAGUGCACAUGCUAAACUGCUGAUAGAAAUAAUUGAUGUUAAUGACAAUGCUCCUGAAAUAUCUGUGACGUCACUCAUGACACCAGUAAAAGAAGACGCAGAGUUAGGGACCAUUGUUGCUUUGGUUACAGUGAGUGAUAAAGAUGGAGGAAACAAUGGUGUGACUAACUGUAAGGUGGUGGGCUCUGUUCCCUUCAAACUCAAGUCCAACUACAAAAACGACUAUUCAUUAGUAGUAGAUGGACCCCUAGACAGAGAAAACACCUCUCUUUACAAUGUCACCAUUACAGCCACAGAUGAAGGCAGUCCUCCUCUGUCCAGUGUCAGGGUCAUUACUGUUCAAGUUUCUGAUGUUAAUGAUAAUGCGCCUCGUUUCAUGGAGCCUUCUGUUAAUAUUUAUAUGAAAGAAAACAGUCCUACUGGCUCAGUUAUUUAUACCAUAAGUGCUUUUGAUCCUGAUUUAGAGAAUAAUGCAAAACUGACUUAUAAAUUGUUGGAUAGUUAUCAGAGAUCUUUUCCUAUAACCUCUGCUGUAAACAUCAACUCAGAGACUGGAGAUAUAGUCAGUCUGCAGUCGUUUAACUAUGAGGAGUUAAAAACGUUUCAGUUUAAAGUUCAGGCCACAGACUCUGGUGUUCCUCCGCUCAGCAGCAACGUGACUGUGAAUGUUUUGAUCCUGGAUGAAAAUGACAAUAAUCCAACUAUUCUCGCGCCCUAUUCUGAGCACGGCUCCGUCAACAGUGAGAGCAUCCCCUAUUCUGCUGAAGCGGGAUACUUUGUGGCAAAGAUCAGGGCUGUAGACGCAGACUCUGGAUACAACGCGCUGCUCUCUUAUCACCUCUCUGAGCCCAAAGGAAACAAUCUCUUCCGGAUCGGAACCAGCACCGGAGAGAUCAGGACUAAGAGGAGAAUGAGUGACAAUGACCUGAAAACUCACCCCUUGGUGGUGCUGGUCUCUGAUAAUGGAGAACCCUCCCUGUCAGCUACUGUGUCUAUUGAUGUGGUGGUGGUUGAAAGCAAUGCUGACAUCCACACUCAGUUCAGACAUGUGACCAUAAAGGAGGAGAGCUUCUCUGAUUUAAACCUGUAUCUGCUCAUCGCCAUUGUGUCGGUGUCAGCCAUCUUCCUGCUCAGCCUCAUCACUUUAAUAGCUGUCAAAUGUCACAGGACAGACGGCAGUUUCAGCAGGUACGGAGCCCCAAUGAUCACCACCCACCCUGACGGGAGCUGGUCUUACUCCAAAGCUACUCAGCAGUAUGACGUGUGUUUCAGCUCAGACACACUCAAGAGUGACGUAGUGGUUUUCCCCGCACCGUUUCCACCUGCAGAUGCUGAACUCAUCAGUAUAAAUGGAGGAGACACUUUUACCAGAACUCAGACUUUACCUAACAAAGAAAAGGUAGGCCACUUCAGAUGA